UCUUUCAUUCAUCUCAUAACAACAACAACAGCUACAAAAAUAAAAAAAAUCAUGUGCAACAAGAACAGUCCUCUAACAUCUCCACGAACCCGGAUCCGAACCCGAACAAGAACCCGGUCUCUUCUCCAUAACGACGUCGUUCAGCACCGGCCACUUAAAGCAUCAUCACUACCCGCUCGCCGCUCCAGAACCAAGACUAGAAAACCCAAGUACCUCUCCCUCCGUCUCCAGCUCUCCAAAGAAACCGAAAACGACGUAGUACUCACACCCUCCAGCGAAAUUACAGAAAUGACCUCGUCGCGCCACCACCAGCUCAACCUCUUCCCCUUGCAUCCGGAGAACCUGGUCAACGACGCAACCGCCGAUGACAACGUGGCCUUGCUGUUCAACUCGGACGGGGGCGCCAGCUCCCUUAACGGCCUACUCCCAACGGCGACUGCAAUGUCGGAGGAGGAGGAUUCCACGUCCCAAGCGGCGGAACGACGGCGUUUCGAUCGCGAGUACAAUUACUUAAGCGAGGACGAAGAUCAUCAUCACAAGUUCUACUACGUUGACGGUCGUGAUCAGAGAGGGAACAGUAGUAAUAACAAUAAAAACAGCAUGAAUUCGCUUGUACGGACGGCGAUGAGGAACAGAGAGAGAGAUUUGAGCGAGGAGAAGUGGGUUUCGUACUCGGAGGUGGUGGAGGAGGUAACUAGCUCAAGCUGUAGCACGGAGAUUUUAGAGAAGCAGAAGAAGAAGAUCGAAACGACGUCGUCAUCGUCUCGGCAGGGGUAUAAUAGCAAUAAUAAUAGUAUUAGUAGUAAUAAAAAUUUGGCUUUAAAGCUUGAUUAUCAGGAGAUUUUGAAGGCUUGGUCUGAUAAGGGCUCACUUUACAUCCAAGGAGACUCGCCUCAGACCGUACCUGACUUACAAGAUAACAGUCAUGGAUUAGGGGAUGGAUGGGGCAAUUUGUGGCAAGUCCCAGAAAAUGAAGGGGGAGGCAAUGGUAGUGGUAGGCUGAAGAUCAAAGAGGAAGGAGAAGCCAAAGAUGGUUGGAAGCUAGGGCAAAGAGAGGCCAGUGUGUUGAGAUACAAGGAGAAGAGGCAAAGUAGGCUCUUUGCUAAGCGGAUUCGAUACGAAGUUCGAAAGCUAAAUGCCGAGAAGCGUCCUCGUAUGAAGGGUAGAUUCGUGAAGAUAAGUUAAGGAAGAGCUGUACAAAGGAACAUACUAUUACUACUGCAAAUAAGCAAAUAAGAAGAGUACCUAAGCUAGCUAGCUAUUGUGAAAAAAACAAGAAGUGAAAAAGUCUUCUUCUGCUCUGUUCUUGGCUCCAUUUACGUACUAUGGUGUGAUUAAAGCAUUAAUAAAUGCCUAUUCAGAUAGAUAAAAGACAGGAACACAAAGUUGAAGAAGUGGUGCAAUAAUUGGUGUUAAUAGAGAGGAAAGAGCAAGUCACAGCAGUUUCAAUACAUAAUGACAUGUUGAUUUCAGACCAGAAUUAAUGCACAUCGAAUUUGCAGCUUCAUUUGCCGUUUGGCCAAGAUAGAAAACGUUUAAAAUGUAAAGUUGUGGCAUAAGGAAUCGAAAAGAGACAAACAUGUCAUUGUAUUACUUAAACCAUUUGGGUAGAGAAAUGAGAAGAAGACAUUUGCGUUUUCUUGAUCAUUUAAACCAAAGAAUAAAAAAUAAAAAAAUUGUUUGAUUGCA